GCGGGUCUCGCUUGAUUUGAAGAGAAAUGGAGGAAAAGCAGCAGAGACAACAAAUGCAGAAACCAGAGACAGUAGGAGCCCGUACCACCAAGAGACAGCUACCACAGAUACCCCCAGGGAAGAGAAAAUCAAAAAAGACCACAGAACAGCGGCCACGCUCAAGCACUACCCCGCGAGCUUCCUCUUCAAUCACUGACAAUACACUAGUGAAACGUGCAGUUAUUGAAGACUCUAGAGAUGGUAGUGAGGUAGUGUCUCCUCCUGGGACCAAGCCAAGGACUUUUCUAGGAUAUUCUAAUCCUUCAGCAGAGCCUGAGGGAGAGGAUUCCAGUGUAAUGGUUGCUGUUAGGAUUAGACCAUUCAGUGAAAGGGAGGAGCGUUUAGGAGCUAAACAAGUUGUCCGUGUCCUCAACUCAGACCUGACCAUCACGUCACUCAAAGACUCCAACAUUCACCGGUUCCAGUAUGAUCACUGCUUCUGGUCUUUUGAUGACAUCCAAGCCUCUUUUGCUGAUCAGAAAAUAGUGUAUAAUGAGAUAGCUAGACCACUGCUGGAUAAAGCUUUUGAAGGAUAUAACACUUGUCUCUUUGCUUAUGGGCAGACUGGCUCAGGCAAAAGUUACUGUAUAAUGGGUGAGCCUUCAGCCCUUGGUGUCAUACCACAGUUUGCUAAUGAACUCUAUGAUCGCAUUGAAGGGACUGCUGAUGAAGAAACUUCAUACAAAGUUGAGGUCAGUUAUUAUGAGAUAUACAAGGAAAGGAUUCACGAUCUCUUGGCAUCAACCAAACACAAGAGCAAAACUCAUUUGAGAGUUAGAGAGCAUCCAGUGACAGGUCCCUAUGUUGAAGACUUAUCAACAUAUGUUGCAUCUUCAUUUGCUGAUGUUGAGCGAUGGCUGGCACUGGGUAACAGGUUCCGAGCUACAGCUGCCACUGGAAUGAAUGACAGGAGCUCUCGCUCUCACUCUGUCUUCACACUAGUACUCACCCAGACUAAGAUUAUUGAAGGUGAGGAUCACACUCGUGUUAGCCGUAUCAAUCUCAUUGAUUUGGCCGGCAGUGAGAGAUCAGCCAUUUCAAUGACUUCUGGUGAAAGAUUAAAGGAAGGGGCUAGUAUUAACAGGUCAUUGCAUACACUGGGUAAGGUCAUAUCACUCCUGUCAGAGAAAUCAACUGGAAAGAGAAAGAAGGUUUACAUACCGUACAGAGACUCCACUUUAACAUGGUUGCUAAAGGAGAGUUUAGGAGGUAACUCAAAGACAGCAAUGAUAGCCACCAUCAGUCCAGCAGACCUUCACUAUGAGGAAUCACUGAGCACACUGAGGUAUGCUCAGCAAGCUAGAACAAUAGUUAACAUUGCCAGAAUAAAUGAAGACUCCAGCUCACGACUGAUAAGAGAGCUUCGUCAAGAGAUUGAGUGGCUGAGGCUACAGUUAGGUGUCUAUGGGGAUGAUCCCACUAAGGUGCUUGAUAUUCUCAAGAGCAAAGAGGAGGUGAAGAAACUCCGCGAGGAACUGGACGGCUACGAGAAACUGAUGAAGGAGACUAACCGCUCCUGGGAGGAGAAACUGAGGCAGACUGAGGAGAGGAAGAAGGAGGAAGCAGAAGAAUUAAAGAGAGCUGGUGUCAGUUUUAAAGUUGAUAAUCGUUUGCCUAAUUUGGUGAAUCUAAAUGAGGAUCCUCAAUUAUCCGAAAUGCUGCUCUACGUCUUAAAAGAAGGUGAUACUACAGUGGGGAGAGACUCUCUUUGUGAUAUUCAAUUAACUAGUUCACUAGUUAUGAAGAAUCACUGUUCAUUCCACAAUAUCAACAGUAGUGUUACAUUGGAACCAUCAGGAGAUAGUGAAGCCCAGACCUUCAUUAAUGGAACUGCUGUCACUGGCGCUACUGAACUACACCAUGGUGAUAGGGUUAUAAUUGCCGGUGGACAUUUCUUUCGUUUCAAUCAUCCGCUGGAGUCAGGGACAGGACACUCCAAGGAAGGACAAGCCAAUGGCUUUAAAUUUGCACUAGAAGAAUACAUCAAGGCACAGACAGCAAGAUUGGAAGCAGAGGCACUGAAGGAGAGACAGGACAUGAUGAAAGAGAUUGAAGCAAUGAAACAAGCAGCAGAACAAAGAAUAGUUGAACAAAAAACCAACUAUGAAGACAAACUACGUAACCUUGAAGAUAACCUUAAUUUUAAGAGCAGUGAGGUGACCAAGAGGGAGCAAGAGGCUGAAAAAGCUGAAGAAAGAAUAGCAAAAUUAGAGAGAAUUAAUAAGGAACACGAAGAGCAGAUAAUUGCUCAGAGGCAACUUAUUGAAAUGGAAAAAAUGAAAACUGAGAAGGAGUAUGAGGAAAUAGCUGAGGAGGGUAGUCGACUGAUGGAAGAACUUGAACUUGAGAAGCAAAAACUAGAGAAGGACAUUGAAUUGCUGCAAAAGAGCAAAUCGAAUCGUGAAAGCAAGGCACUCAAUACAAGCUCAAGCUUUUCAAUAUUACAAGGUUCAGAGUUGCUAAGAGUGGCCACUAUGCUUCAAGAAGCUAAUGUCAUUAGCAAAAACCUUGGAAAACCAAUAGUUUUCAGUCGUGAUGAAAGCUACGAUGACAAUAAUGAGUUUACAGUGAGAGUCCGUGUGACCAACACUCAAGAGGACAAGUAUACCUUUUGGGACCUGGAGAAGUUUGAGCAUCGCCUUGAACAAAUAAGAGAAAUGUAUCAGCUUGGUUCACGGACUUCGUUAGAUCCCACUGCAGAGGGUAUUCAUGAAGGGUUGGGGGCAAUAGGUGGAGACUUUGAUCCAUUUUAUGACGACACUGAUGAAUGGAUUUCCGAUUUUUUAUUCUCACCAGUGAGUUCUGCCGAAGAGAGGCAGCAGUCAUUUAUGUCAAUGUUGACCACACCCACUUCUAAUUGGGCCACACCCAGGAAAUCUGUAUCUGAAUUUGCUUCAUCUGUACCGAAAAGAUUACAGAAUACACAUUCAACUAGUAGCCCUGGUCUAUAUUCUCCAUUGUCCUCUACAACUCAUUCCCCUAUAGUUCCAGUCACUCCUAAUGCUUGCCAGGACCUCCUUAUCGUAUGUACUGAGAAAAUAUCAUCAAUAAUGGAACAGAAACCAGCACAAAUAUCAUCAGUGUCUACUCCUAUCACUGUUAUAUUGGAUAAUGUAUCUAAACUGAAGGAAGCAGCUAAUUCUUUAUCAGUAAAUGAUCCAGUUCCUACGCCAGCCACAACCGAUCAUCUUCAAAGGAUUUUAGAACUGUACACGUCGCUUGAGCUACUGCUCCAGUCUUGUAAGUCGUUGAUGGUUUUCAUAGUAACAAGAGGAGGAGAAGGGGCAGUGUCCCUUCUUGAUGACAUUACUGACUGUAGUUCAUUAUCAUGUGCCUCUCAAUUGAUUGAGACUGUAACAAACCAAACUGCACUAUACUGUAGGAGAGUACUGCAGGACGCACAAGCUAACGCUUCGGAAGGUUCUAGUGGUUACCACGAGAGCCUCAUGGAGAAUUUAAAAGAAGUUUUGACGACUCUUGGACAAAUUGUCAUAGCAGCAAAAAUCGAAACACAUGCCGACCCGUCAAACUGGAAAAGAGAACUGGUUUUACCUGAGCUAAACAAAGAAGUUUUGUGUUUGUUUCAAAGUGGCUACCAGUCCUGGAGUGAGAGAUUCCUUGAGACACUCCAUAAUUUAUUAUUAAAGAAAUAUGAAGGAACAAAGACUGAGAGAGAGGAGGAGAAAGGAGAAGAGAGGCGACAUUCUGUUGCUGUUUGUCAGUGUGUCUCUGAUGUUGUUAGACACGUUUUGCAGUUCUUUCACAAAAUAGCUGAAAUUCAAGAAAUAUUUUGGACUCAGUACACAGAAGGAGAUUCGGACCAACUUCAGACUCCACCAAUCAAUACCAUUGUCCCGUUUUUAUCAAUACCAGCUCAGCUAUACCCUCAUCUCUCUCUCCUUCUCCUCUCCUUGACCAGUUCGGAACACAGCAACACUUCCACUCAUCAUCAACUACAGCAAGCCAACACAAGCCUGGCCACUCUAGUUGAAAAACUUGCCGUCAGUUUAUUGAGUUUCUUGAAAGACUUUUCCCACAAUCAACUCUCGCCAGACAUCCAGACUCUGGCAAGGAACGUCACUAUGGCAACUCGUUCACUUAAGCAGGUUCUUAAACACGAGAGCAGCGAGCCUGUAUCUCCCACCCAACUCUCCGAAGAUUAACAUUUUAAUUAUUAUCAUACAUGUACAUGUGUAGCAUGUCUUUGUAUGUAUUAAUGUAUGUAUAUAGUGCAUGGUUUUUAAUUAAGAGCUGAUAAGUUUUGCUGAACUGAU